CGAAGCAUAGCGCAGGUCGGGCCGUGGGCGGAGCCAGCCAUUUGGCGCUUUUUCUCUACACCUGUUUUCUCCUCAGUGUUUCUCACACGCGAAGGAAGCUGGUCUGUAUGGGCUCUGUUGAAUUCCUGCUCUGAAAAGGAGGAGGAGGAAGCUUCGUCUGACGAAGGGAGAAGAGGAGGUAGAGGAAAAGUCAGCUGCAGGCAUGAAGGAUGGUUUUUUUCUAAAGAAAAAAGAAAAAAAGAAAAUUUACCCAGAUGAAGAGGCCCCUGCAGGCAGUAUGCUGCUGGCAUUGGCGAAGCCUUCUCAAUCAGCUGCAGAGGCCAGGAGGAAAACUCAGGCCCCACCAGUAGUCUUGUCAGGGUUGGUACAGCCCCAGACCAGCACUCUUCAUCCGGUCAGCAGCAGGCAAGACCCAAGGCAGCAGCGGCCCUUGUCCCUGCUCAAAAAGAAGAGCCUCGAGGUCUCUACUCAGGCCCCACCAGUAGUCUUGCCAGGGUUGGUACAGCCCCAGACCAACACUCUUCAUUCGGUCAGCAGCAGGCAAGACUCGAGGCAGCAGCGGCCCUUGUCCCUGCUCAAAAAGAAGAGCCUCAAGGACUCUGGGCCAGCGUUCCCAGAACUCUCAGAUGAAAACUUCGGGUACUUGUGGAUGGGUAAGAAGAUGCUGGGAGGAAGAACACUCAGAGAAACUUUGGAGAUGAUGAAUAAGAGGGAAAUUUUGGACACCAUCCUCCAACACCUCCAGCCACCUCCCCAGAAGACAUCCAAGCCUGGACACAACAAGAAUGCCCUCUAUAGAUACUAUGGACUCAAGCUACAGGAUUCCAGGAGCAUAGAGACAGUCCACCAGUACUUGCACUUACUCCUGACGUUGCCUCUCAAAGAGGAAACAGACAGAGAGGAGGUUAUCAAAGAGGAGCCACUGGCAUCGCUGUCAGUCUUACACCAAGCGAUGGAAACCAUAAUCCGCAUGACUGCCUUGAGACCAUGCAUGGACACCCUGCUUUGGUCUCAGCUGAUACAGAAAAGCAUCAAGAAGGUCUUUCAGUUGCCCUCAUUACAGUUUACAAAGGUCAAAGCCGGGAGCCCCGUGCCAGCAACACAGAGCCAGGACUAUUAUCAAGAGACCAUCUACACCUGCCUCAACAUGAUCACCAGCUUGCUGUCGGAGGCUCCCUCUCUGGAGAUGCUGCAGGAGAUAUUAGUGCACACAAAUGGCUGGAUUGACUCCACAAAAAUCAGUGAGAGGCAAAGAGCAGUCAAGAGCACCAACGUACUCAUGAAAUAUGUCUCCGAGCAUUUGGACUUUGAUGUAUCCCAGGAUUUCCCCCUUCUUGGACAGCUGGUGGCGCUCUUGUCCCUUCACCUCGCAGACAACGUGAAGGAGAUUGGCCUGCAGUCAGCGGAGGCCUUGUACCAUCUCCAUUACAUCAUGAUAGCCAAAAUGGACUUCUUCAUCCCUGGGCCCUCCCUCUUCUACAACGACAUCUCAGAAGUGGCCAAGCUUCUUCAGCGCCUGCCGGCUGUUGUGCCUCCUCCUUUGCCCAGGAAGUCUGAGCCUGGGGCCACCGAAGGGCGUCUCAUUCCAUCCGAUUUUCAUAGAAUUUUCAUAGAGCACAACGAUCAGGGCCCAGUCUUUGAGCGGCAACUCCACUAGAUCUAUUGCAAUAAAAUUUACUUUCUAUUUCUCCAACUGAUGCAUCUGUGAUCUUUGGCACAUCUUGAACAAGGUACCCAGGUUACCCGCAACAGAAUGGCCAACCAGGUUAAUGAACUAUGCCGAAAUGGCAAAAUUCAUUGGGAAGCUCAGAAGUCUAGAUGACAAGGGGGGAAAAUGGGAAAUGUUUAUUAUGUAUCUACAAAAGUAUUGUUAACAGGUUAAUACAUUGGCAGGAUUUUAAGAACACUUGUAAUUUUAAAGAUUGUACAGAUAACGUGAGGAAAAGAAAUUUUGUAGUAGUAAUGAUAUGCAGUUGAAAAGAGAACUUAAGGAACCCAGGGAAGGGGUGGAGGGAAGUUGCGGGAUUCUUGAACAGGAAAUAGAAGGUGCCAUUCA